CAUGACCAGCAGGAACCGGCGAGAAGCUCCGACAGCGAAAUUGCUCACCAACUUUUUCGAGGCUGUCAGGCUCAUUGAGAGCGGCGAGAUGGCCAAGGCUGAAGCUGCGCUAACGCACGCAGAGAACGUCUGGAGGGAGGCGGAUGUGCUGAGGAGAGACGAGUCACCCUACACGGCGAUGCUGGAGGAGGCGAGAAGCGCCAUGGAGCAACCUGACAAGGUGACGUCGCUCGGGGCUCAUCUAGCUGGCAACAUCACGCAGCGCUGCAAGGAGCUGCUUGCAGCAAGCAAAGCCAUCCCGUCGAGCGAUCGAGCAGCGACGAUAGAAGAGGAAGGAGAAACGGAGGGCAAAGAGAAACUAAUGCUGGAGGGUUGCAGGCGAAGAAAUACGCAGAAGAAGCAGAGGAGGCGUACGAGGCCGCGGGGUUGCUUGAAAUACCGCAGUCAAGAAGCGCUUUGAGAGAGACGAAAAUUCAAGUUCUCUUUGCCGAGUGGAAGUUAGGCGCUGAGCAGCGAUCGGAGAGGAGUGAGGCCUCGUGGAUCGAGCGACAUGUGAUGAAGGUGGCACGCAAGCAAAAGAUCCACGAGGAGGCCG